AGUAUGGAGAAUGUAACUCUUCUUCAAGACAACCACACGCUCGGGAACUGGACUGACUAUACCACUGAAUACAAAGUGGUUAGUAUAUUUCUGGUAACCUUAAUAUGUGGCGUUGGCAUAGUAGGCAACGUUAUGGUUAUUCUGGUCGUCUUAACAACCAAACACAUGCGGACCCCCACCAACUGCUAUUUGGUCAGCCUGGCGGUCGCCGACCUCAUGGUGCUGACAGCGGCAGGGUUACCGAACAUCACCGACACCUUAUACGGGGAGUGGGUGUAUGGAAGAGCCGGAUGCCUCUGUAUAACUUAUCUUCAAUACUUGGGGAUCAACGCGUCUUCUUGUUCAAUCACUGCGUUUACCAUUGAGCGAUAUAUUGCCAUCUGUCACCCGAUUAAAGCACAGUUUCUCUGCACACUUUCCAGAGCGAAAAAGAUCAUUGUGGCUGUCUGGACUUUCACGUCGCUCUAUUGUGUCAUGUGGUUUUACCUGUCAGAUUUGACAGAGUUGGUGUAUGAUAACAUUACACUGGUCAGCUGUGGCUACAAAGUUUUGAGGAGUCUCUAUUUACCGAUAUACUUCACGGACUUUGCUGUGUUCUACGUCGUGCCCCUCCUUUUGACCGCGAUACUUUAUGGACUAAUCGCAAGAAUUCUCUUCCUGAACCCGCUACCAAGUGAUCCUGUUGAAAAGAGCAAAAAGUGGAAAAAGGAGUCAUGUUUGGGGGGUAAAGCACUUUCUGCCAAAAACUCAUCUUGCAGCAGCACCACAGCGACCUCGCGCAGGCAGGUGACCAAGAUGCUGGCGGUGGUGGUGAUCCUGUUUGCGCUGCUGUGGAUGCCGUACCGCACGCUGGUGGUGGUGAACUCCUUCCUGUCGCAGGCCUACCUGGACACCUGGUUCCUGCUCUUCUGCCGCCUGUGCAUCUACCUCAACAGCGCCAUCAAUCCCGUCAUCUACAACGCCAUGUCGCAGAAGUUCCGCACCGCCUUCCGGAAGCUGUGCCACUGCGGCCCCCAGCGUUCCGAGCGGCCGCCGCAGUACAGCGUGGCCCUCACCUACAGCGUCAUCAAGGAGACGUCCAACGGGGAGUUGAGUCCCGACCACUUCAACACGGAGAUGGACGAGCUGGGCAGCCAUAACGUCCACUUCCUGCAGGGGAGGAAGAGGCAGUCCUCGUUCCCAGACCAGGACAUACCGAGUAGCCAGGUCGCCCUCAGCACUGCCUGA